CUCUGCGCAUGCGCCGGGACCAGCUUCUGGUACUUUCGGCAAGUCUGCUGACGUAUCCUCUGAGUGCGCGUCUGGACGUCGGAGCUGGAGGUUGUGGGAUUCCUUCUUGGAGAGUAGGCACGAAAAGCCCCUUUUCAUCCUACAUUCCUGAAGGAAGGCGUCUGUUGGGCCUUUCUUUCAGUCGUGAGGGAGGCGCCCACAGCCUGCGGAAGUCCGGAGUUGAGGCCUGCGGGGUCUUUUCCUGAGAAAGCGCCGCGUGAAGCCGCGGGUGAAGAUGUCCAACUACGUGAACGACAUGUGGCCCGGCUCGCCGCAGAAGGAUUCGCCCUCCACCUCGCGGUCGGGCGGGUCCAGCCGGCUGUCGUCGCGAUCUAGGAGCCGCUCUUUUUGCAGAAGCUCUCGGUCCCAUUCCCGCGUCUCCAGUCGGUUUUCGUUCAGGAGUCGGAGUCGGAGUCGGAGUUGGAGGAGCCGGUCACGGUCCCGUUCCAGAAGGCGCCACCAGCGGAAGUACAGGCGCUACUCACGGUCCUACUCGCGGAGCCGGUCGCGAUCCGGCAGCCGCCGGUACCGAGAGAGGCGCUACAGGCUGUCUAGGAGAUACUACCGGUCUCCUUCGCGGUACCGGUCUCGGUCCCGUUCCCGUAGCAGGUCGCGCUCUCGGGGAAGGUCGCCCUACGGAAGGGCGUACGCGAUCGCGCGGGGGCGGCGCUACUACGGCUUCGGUCGCACCGUGUACCCGGAGGAUUACGGCAGGUGGAGGGACAGAUCCCGGACGAGGUCGCGGAGCAGAACUCCCUUUCGCUUAAGUGAAAAAGAUCGAAUGGAGCUGUUAGAAAUAGCAAAAGCCAAUGCAGCAAAAGCUUUAGGAACAACCAACAUUGAAUUGCCAGCUAGCCUCAGAACCGUUCCUGUAGCCAAAGAAACAAGCCGUGGAACAGGUUUAUCAAGUAAUGGUGCAAAGCCUGAACUGUCGGAAAAGGUAACGGAAGAUGGAACUAGAAAUCCCAAUGAAAAAUCUUCCCAGCAAAGAAGCAUAGCUUUUAGCUCUAAUAAUUCUGUAGCAAAGCCAAUACAAAAAUCAGCUAAAGCUGCCACAGAAGAGACAUCUUCAAGAUCACCAAAAAUAGAUCAGAAAAAAAGUCCGUAUGGACUGUGGAUACCUGUCUAAAAGGAGAAAAACUAACGGCUAAGUUUGCAUGAAAACUGCACUUUACUGCAAGUUAGUGUUUCUAGCAUUAUCCCAGCCCUUUGAGCCAUUUAAGGGUAAUCCCGCAUUUAAAAACCAACACAAAAAGAUGUAAAUACUUAUACUCAAAUAUUAACCUUUUAGGUUUCUCUUGCAGAUAUGAGAUAGCACAAAUGGACCAAAGGUUAUGCACAGGUGGGAGUCUUUUGUAUAUAGUUGUAAAUACUAUUGCUUAUGUAAAAGUGAAAUUUUAUAGACAGUAUUGAACUGUAUUGCUGUUUUGUAUAUUUAAUAAAUUUGUUUUCAUACUUAAA